GCCUCAGUUGGCGGCCGAGGACGGUCGUGUACAGGUCGCCGCCAUCCGCUCCGGUAACCGCGCGCCACGCACCCGGCGCCACGCCACCCCACGCCAACGCGACAGUGGUGCACGCCCUCACCACCACGACCACACACCAGAGGUAACACCAAAGACUCCAAACAGUCCAUACAAAGUUGAGAACGACUUCACGCCAAACUACAAAAGUUUGACCAAAGCGCCGCGUCGCGAUGCAGGGCGGGGCGUGAAGGAGCGACGGAGGCGCCUGCCGCUCCAGGACGCCCGUGCAGGCCACCUUCUCGUGCUCCCGUGCCCACGACUAGCACACUAUACCCUGGCAGGGUCUCGGUGAUGCAGGGGACGCGGUGAGUGGCAGGUGAGGGUGAGGGUGGAGCGUCACCGCCUCACUUUGCCUCGUCGUGACUCAGUCUCGCCUCGCCCCGCUCCAGGUGAGGGUGCACUUCCAACACCUGCCACCCAGACACUUUUAAAGCGUUCAUCCUAUAUUUUUAAUGAUAAGAAUCUGAUUUCAAUAUUUUUGUACAAACUUUAGGAAAUUGUUGCAAGAAAACCUUUUGACCUACAAAACUUUUUGCUACAUCUGACAUGUGAGCUGGAGCAGCCACUCUGAACGGUCCCUCUUGAGCCCUGGCGGCGAUGACGCUCGACUUGACACAGUGAUAAAUGAUGCACACCGCACACACUCACCGUCUCCUGCCGGCGGCCGCGACGCUCCGCGCGCACCACACAUGCUCUCGGGCGUGAGCAGUAAAACCACUGACUGAUCCCAACGAUCGGAGGAAAGCAUGGAGUGAGAGUCCUUGGGGCGUGAUCAAACCAAGACAACCACACUACCUAAGCCUUCCACCGUGUUGGCGUGCAAUCGUGCGGGGCCCUCCUCCUCUUAGCCUUCCUCUGCUCCUCUCCGCCGCCACCAUGGAGCUCAUAGCAGAACCCAUUCUGGAUCUGGAGAGCUCGGCGAACGCCACCUCCGUGCUGACUGCGGCACACGAUUGGUGGAACAACACCGACGUGAACCUUGACGUGCACAUGAACUGUUCACGGACCUUCUGCCCCACCGAUAACUUCACCAACGGCACGUGCGUGGAAUGUCUGCCGGACGACGUGGGCAACAAGUACAACCUGCCGUGGUGGAACGAACUCAUCUGGUACGUGGUGUUCAUGGGCAUGGUGAUAGUGGCGACGGGGGGGAACACCAUCGUCAUUUGGAUAGUGCUGGCGGACCAACGCAUGCGCACCGUCACCAACAUCUUCCUGGUGAACCUCUCGGUGGCCGACGCGAUGGUCUCCACCCUCAAUGUGGUCUUCAACUUUACCUACAUGCUCAACCUCAACUGGCGCUUCGGCUUCGUCUACUGUAAGAUCAGCCAGUUCGUGUCUAUCCUGUCUAUCUGCGCCUCAGUCUUCACCCUCAUGGCCAUCUCCUUCGACAGAUACAUUGCCAUCAUGCACCCGCUCCGGCCACGCAUGGGGAGGAAAGCCACCAUCCUCAUCGUGGUGUGGAUAUGGGUCUCGUCCGUCUGCCUCUCGCUUCCUAAUCUCAUCUACUUCACCACCGCCACUCUCAGCUACGCCGGCGGGGAGAGGAUUGUCUGCUACGCCGCCUGGCCGGAUGGGGACCAGGGCGAGAGUCAAUCUGAAUACGUACACACAGUGGUGCUGAUGGUGCUGACUUAUAUCCUGCCGCUCACGUGCAUGGGCUUCACCUAUGUGCGCAUCGGGCUUACGUUGUGGGGCAGCCGUAGUAUCGGAGAGCAGACGCCCCGACAGGUGGAGAGCAUCAAGUCCAAGAGGAAGGUGGUAAAGAUGAUGAUCGUGGUGGUGACAAUCUUCGCUGUGUGUUGGCUGCCCUACCAUAUGUACUUCAUCCUCUCCAACUUGAUGCCGGAGAUUGCCCACUACGAGUUUAUCCAAGAGACUUAUCUGGCUAUUUACUGGCUAGCUAUGUCCAACUCUAUGUACAACCCAAUGAUUUAUUGCUGGCUCAACAACAGGUUCCGCAACGGGUUCAAGAAGGUGUUCUCGGGGUGGCUGCCGUGUGUCACCUACGAGGGCGAGGCCACUGAUGUGAGCCGCGUCAAGACGGCGCGCUUCUCCUGCUCUGGCUCGCCCGAGACUCACCAUCGAGUGACGUGCGAUGGCUCCUCGCACAUCUCCAUGCGCAACCUCGCCUCCUCAGACCUCAGCAUCAGCGGCUCGCGGCUUCCCCCAGUCAGGCUUUGCAACGGAGCCAACAUACGCAGAGCGACCAACGGCGCCGACACCUCCCGGAGCUACGGGGGCACACUGGUACCGCCCAAACACACCCCGUAUCCCAGCGUCACUUACCAGCAGUACGUGUGAGGGUGUGUGAGUGUGUUUUACCCACGCACCCACACCUACACAUGCCCAGACUUAGAAAACUGGGUGAGAGAGGCUCCGUGCAUGUAAGAAAUGUUUGCGGGGCUGAGUGACGUCUUUGUGAGGCCGUUGUGCGUGUGUACGGGUAUGUGGGAUGAGGGGAGGUCGCUGGUUAAGGGUGGCUGUGGGUGAGAGGAGGUGAAAAAGAUAGUUUCGUGGACUUGAGGGGCAGAUGGAGGGUUGGAGAGAGUCCUGUGUGGCAGUAGCAUGGGGAAUGACGAGUGAGCGAGGCAAUGCAUGGGGAGUGAUGAGGAGAGAGGGGGAUAAGAUACGCCGCCUUGGCUGCGUGUAUGAGGCUGCACGUGGCAGGGUGACGUGGGGUGGGGUGAACUGAUCACCACACAAACUAAGCACCUCAUUUGCUACGUGUCGUGGGUGAUGGAGACGUGCCGGGGAGAGAUGGUGUCUGCUCCUCUCUCCUCCCAUGUCUGCACCUCUCAGCAUCGCUGCCUGAGAGCCACCACCCUCGCCACCUCCACCCACACACACUACUAUUUAGACUAAGACACCACCGUUACUCCUUCCUUCAACCUGUCCACUCUCUCCUUCUCCCUCCCCACCCACGCCCAUGAUAGGAGAGAAAAGAGAAGAAAAUAGUGAGGAGGAGGAAAAGGAACAAAAAGAAAUAGAUAUUUAUGAUACUUACUCUUCUCCCUACAGUUAUAGUAUGAUAAAUGAUAAUAGCAAACUGAGUUACUUUGAAGUCAACACAGACACAGAAAGCACUCGAGACUAAGCAACAGUGUCCGUCAGUCCUAACUAUGAGGUGCUCUGGGAAAUGUUUCGUGGUUAGAACGUAACAUGCAAACACUUGAGAAAAUAAAAGAAAAAAUAACAGCAAAGCAACAAGAAAAAAAUAAACUCCAUUUUUGUAUACUGAGAGAGAGAGAGAGAGAGAGAGAGAGAGAGAGAGAGAGAGAGAGAGAGAGAGAGAGAGAGAGAGAGAGUGAGAGAGAGAGCACAUGCAAAUUGAGCUGAGAAAUCAAUCACAGCCAACCUUCCCUCUCACACUGAAGCAGAAGCAAAAGAAGCACAAGGGGACGCAGCUCGCCAGAAAUAUAGGUCAUUAUUUUUAUACUGUACGUAGCCAGGCUGUUCUAAAAGAGAGGAAUGGGACGAGAAGGUUCAAGCGACUCUAAGCUACCGAAUUCAUCACGCUUAAGAUUUCUGAAAGGGAAGGGAAGGCUAACGCGCGCAGUACACACACACACACACACAAACUCUCUCUCUCUCUCUCUCUCUCUCUCUCUCUCUCUCU